AAGAAGAAGAAGAAGAAGAAGAAGGUCGUGGAGAGAUGGCUGAGAGCGGCACUCAGCUGUUUGCCCGCCUGGAGGCACGUCGCUGCCUGAAGGACAUUGAGCCUCGGUUGUUUGCUGAUGAUGGAGGACCUGACCAUGGUGAGGUGGUGGAGUUGUAUGGUCCGGAGGGGACAGGUAAGACAGAGCUACUCUACCACCUUCUGUGUCGGUGUGUAUUGCCAGUGGCGGCUGGCGGUCUAGAGGUGGACGUUGUCUUUGUGGACACUGACUACAGUCUGGACAUGUUCCGGCUGGUCAGCAUCCUUGACAACCGACUGAACGCAGGUGUUUCCACAAGUUUGACAUCAGCCAGGUCAAAUGAUGCAGCACUACGUUCCUGUCUUUCUCGCCUCCUGGUGGUCCACUGUUGCUCCUCCUCCCAGCUCCUCCUCACUUUUCAUUUCCUGGAGACCACGUUAUCUUCUCGGCCCAGUGUGGCUCUCCUUCUCAUUGACAGCAUCUCAGCGUUCUAUUGGCCGGAUCGCAGCGAGGGCGGAGCCAGCGUCACCAGGCAGGAGGAGAAACUCAGCAAGUGUUCCGAGCUCCUGGCACGACUGCUCAGGGACUACAGAAUCACCAUCUUUGCAACCUGCCACACCAUCAGGAGGAGUUCCAGUGGACCGUCUUCCUCGUCCUCCGCCUCAGAACCGGACCGGUCAUAUCUCUGUCGCUCCUGGCAGCGUCUGGUGACCCACCGGCUGCUCUGCUCCAGACAGGAAGCUGAAAAUAAGCUGGCCCCCGCAGAUGGAGGGAACAGAGAGCUGAGAAGCCGGCAGGUCUUCAGCGUCCACUGCUCUUCCUCCUGGAUGGGGACCAAAGCUUCCAGGGUCAGCUCCUUUACAGUGACGGAUGGUGGGGUGGAGUUUACCUGAACCCUUGGACCUCCUCGUCUUCCUGCUCGACUUUAAAGACUUAAUGCUGGUCUUUUUAUUUAAGGUUAUCUGAAUCUAACAUGUUAAAGGUGAAUAAAACCAGAGAGGCACCAGAAUGUUCUUGUUUGGGCCGUGGAUCAUCAGCUGUUUGGUUAGAAACCCAUUUUUAGUUAUGUAGUUUUAGAAGUUGAACAAGUGGCCAUCAGAGCACCAAGGGUCGGCUGGCAGGCUGAAGGUCCUCCACCAGCUGGUACUGAUGGUUCCACCAACUGGUUGAUCCACUCUGCAAAGGUUCUGCUGAUAUGGCUGAGUUUACCCGGACCUCCUCAAACUGAAAGAAAACUCUGAGAAAAGAAGUUUCAACAAACAACAUCCCGUCUAGAGAACCUAGUCCAGUUUGUUCUUUGAAACUGCCUUUAGAUUGACCAUUAAAACCUUUAAUAUAAAAAGGUAAA